AUGGCAUCUUAUAAGAAACCUCGUCUUAGAGAUUUAGCUUUACGACGUUUGUUAUCUGUGGUGUUUGUUACCUUAUGUGUGGUUUUGAUAUUGAUAUUUCUACUUGGAUCAAAUUCAACGUUGAACAAUGAGACUAAGGAUUUAGAAAUUGUUGAUGAUGGUUCGAGAUACCGUCGCGAUUUGAAGUUUACGAAGAUGCAAACUCUUCCACAACAGAGUGAUUUGUCACUCAAAUUGGGGAAGUUGAAUUUGUUGCCUCCAAGGAACUUGGAUUUGUAUCCGAAUCUUGCUAAGGAUGCUAUCAUUGUUGUUUUGUAUGUUCAUAACCGGCCGCAGUAUCUCCGAGUAGUUGUCGAGAGUCUUUCUAAGGUUGUAGGGAUUAAUGAGACUUUGCUUAUUGUAAGUCAUGAUGGUUACUUUGAGGAAAUGAAUGAGAUUGUUAGUGGUAUAAGGUUUUGCCAAGUGAAACAGAUAUAUGCUCCAUAUUCGCCUCAUUUGUUUCCGAGUAGUUUUCCAGGUGUGUCGGUUGGUGAUUGUAAGGACAAGGAUGACGCGGAAGGGAAGCAUUGUAAGGGGAAUCCUGAUCAGUAUGGAAACCACAGGUCGCCGAAGAUUGUAUCAUUGAAGCAUCAUUGGUGGUGGAUGAUGAACACGAUAUUAACUUCGUUGAAGCCUGUGAAAUGUCCUGAUUGUUAUGCUGCAAAUUUAGCACCUUCUGAUGUGAACUCAAGAGGCGAAGACUGGGAAACUUUGAUCGCAGAGAGAAUGGGAAACGUAGGUUACUCGUUCAAUCGAACAGUUUGGAAGAAAAUACACAACAAAGCUAGUGAGUUUUGUUUCUUCGAUGAUUAUAAUUGGGAUAUCACUAUGUGGGCGACAGUUUAUCCCUCGUUUGGUAGUCCUGUGUACACGUUACGAGGCCCAAGGACUAGUGCCGUUCAUUUUGGGAAAUGCGGUCUGCAUCAGGGUCAAGGAGAGAAUACGGCUUGUAUUGAUAACGGCAUGGCGAAUAUCCGUGUAGAACAGCCCGACAAGGUUGCUAACAUAGGUUCAGAUUGGAAUGUCCAUGUCUUCGAAAAUCAGCCGGGCUAUAAAGCCGGGUUUAAAGGUUGGGGAGGAUGGGGGGACGACAGAGACCGCCACUUAUGCUUGAGUUUCGCCAGCAUGCAUCACUCCUCCAAAGGAGCUUCAUCUCCCUUGUAA